AUGGCGUGGACCUCUUGGAAGAAAUUAUGCACGGUUAGUUCAAAAGGGGGCAUGGGUUUUCGGGAUUUGAGAACUUUCAACUAUGCGCUACUAGCAAAACAAGUGUGGCGAGUUCUAACGCAGCCAGAUCUUCUUCUCUCCAGAAUUUUCAAGGCUCGAUAUUUCCCUCACGGUGAUAUUCUUCGGGCGGUGGUUGGGCAGCGGCCGUCGGCCACAUGGAGAAGCUUGAUUAAGGCUCGACCAUUCCUCCUUGACGGGCUUCGGAGAAGGAUAGGAGAUGGUGGCAAUACUUGCAUUUGGGCAGACCCAUGGCUUCAAGAAGAUGGUAGUUUUAAAAUUUUGACAAGAAGAUCGAUUGCGAAAACCUUUCCGGACAAAGUGUCAGAUCUCAUUGUUCAAGAAACUUGUUCAUGGAAUUCUGAGUUGAUUGGAGAUGUUUUUUGGCCAGUAGAUAAGGAAAGAAUAUUGGCGGUUCCCGUGGGCAGUAGUAUUUCGAAGGAUCGAUGGGUGUGGCACUAUUCUUCUUCUGGUAAUUUUACGGUCCGCUCGUGCUAUCACAACAGUUUAAUGCGGUCACACAACUUGAGAGGAGAUCGGGCUGGUUUAGAUGAAUCAAAUAGCGGUUUUGUUAGCUUUUGUAGCCAAGUCGAAGCCAUUUGGAAGCGAAACCGAUUUUUCAAGCCGAGAAAGCGUCGAAAUUUGGAAAUCAUACCUUACGAUCCCGAGAUUGAAAGGACAUUACGUAGACUAAGGGCCACGCGCAACCAACAAAGUGAACCAAUGGCCGAAGAUCAAGGAAAUCCAGAGCACCUGGCCUUUGAGUACGAUCGAGAGCCAGGACGAGAUCACGAGGAGCCAAGACCGAACCUGCCACCCGAGCGAACAAUGCGAGAAUACCGAACUCCAGCUGUGAAUGAGAACUAUUCGGGAAUCAGGAAACCGACGAUAGCCGCAAACAACUUCGAGCUAAAGACGGGGCUAAUCAACAUGGUCAUGGCGAACCAAUUCUCCGGAGCAGCCACUGCAGAUCCAAAUCUCCAUCUUGCCAAUUUCUUGGAGAUUUGUGACACAAUCAAAGUUAACGGUGUUUCUGAUGAUGCCAUCCGGUUGAAGCUAUUCUCAUUUUCUGUCAGAGAUAAAGCGAAGAGUUGGCUUCUGAGUCUUAAUCCAGGAUCACUCACCUAUUGGGAAGAAUUAUCACAAGCCUUUCUGGCACGAUUCUUUCCACCCUCGAAGACCGCACAAUUACGAAGAGAUGUAGGCAACUUCAGACAGAUGAGCCAAGAGCCGAUGCACGAGUCUUGGGAGAGAUUCAAGGACUUAUUACGACAAUGCCCUCAACACGGAUUCAACCCGUGGGAUCAAAUGGAGUUAUUCUACAAUGGGCUCGAUCAACCAGCCCGAUCUUUAGUCGAUGCUGCUUCAGGUGGAUCAUUGCAAAACAAGACUCCCACAGACGCUCGAGACAUUGUCGAGCGAAUGUGUGAGAAUGCUUACCAUUGGCCGUCCGAACGGAGUGGUAUACAAAAGGUGGCCGGAGUCCACCAACUCGAUCCUUUAGCCGCAGUUUCAGCACAAUUAGCGAUCCUAUCAAAUCAGGUCGCCCAAAUUUCAGUUCGAGGGCCACAGAUCGAACGAGUAGCAACAGCAAGUACUUCACAAGCCACAAACGACGAUUGGGAGCAGGCACACUUUAUGAACCACCGAUUCAACAAUUUCCGGGGAACCCACAAUCAGAAACAAAACCCUACUCAUUAUCACCCGGGAAUUCGGAAUCACGAGAACUUCUCCUAUGCCAAUCCGAAGAAUGCUCUACAACCACCUCCCGAUCUCAACCAUCAAAGAGAGCAACGAGGGCCAACGUAUGACGAGCGUCUUCACCGACAAGAACAGGAAAUGGAGGGCCUGAAAUCAACAAUGAAGAACAUGGAGAAGCAAAUAGGGCAAAUCGCCCAAUCCAUGUCCACAAUGGCCAAGGGUGGAUUUCCGAGCAAUACCGAAGUCAAUCCAAAGGAAAGCUGUCAAGCCAUAACCACCCGAAGUGGUUUGCAAAUGACUGAUCCUCCUUAUCCGACAGACGAAUCACCAAGGCCAGCUGUACAACCGACCCCGGUCGAGCCGGAAAUCACCAUUUCAGGAAGUAGUACAAAAGAGGCUAGUAAGCCCAAUAACAUUUCUUUUCCUGAUAAUCCCCCUCUUAUGGUAACUCCUAUUCCUUUUCCAGAAAGACAGAAGAAGAAGAAGUUCAAGGAUCAAUUGAAGAAGUUCAUUGAAAAGAUCAAGCAGAUUCGAAUCAACAUCCCUUUUGCAGAAGCCUUGGAGGUAAUGCCAAACUACACCAAGUUCAUGAAGGAAGUCCUAUCCAAGAAAAUUCGGAUCGAAGAAGACAUACCAGUGACACUCACGGCAACUUGCAGUGCCAUUCUUCAGUCGAAUCUACCACCGAAAAUGAAAGAUCCAGGGAGUUACACUAUUCCUUGUAUUAUUGGAAAUUCUACUUUCGAUAAAGCUUUAUGUGAUUUGGGGGCAAGUAUUAAUUUGAUGCCUAUGUCUGUGUUUCUAAAACUGGGCUUAGGAAAUUUGAACCGCACUCGCAUGACUUUACAACUAGCUGAUCGUUCAUUGAAAUAUCCCGAUGGGAUUGUAGAAGAUGUGCUAGUUAAAGUAGAUAAAUUCAUUUUGCCUGUUGAUUUUGUGGUACUUGAAAUGCCUGAAGAUGAUGAAGCACCAAUCAUUUUAGGUCGUCCAUUCUUAGCCACUGGUAAGGCGAUGAUUGAUAUGGAAUUAGGAUCUUUAAUGCUUAGGGUAAAUGGGGAAGAAGUUGUUUUUAAUUUGACAGAUGCAUUUAAACACUCUGAGCAUGUUGAGCAUUGCAGUAGAAUAUAUGUGAUCGAGGACUGUGUUUCCUCCUUCUUUGAUUUGUAUGAAUUAUGUGAUUCUAUUGAGCACUGCAUUGUUAAUUCUAUUGAUUUACAAUAUGCCUCCCCUGAAACCCCUAUUGAAAACGAUGUGCUUGUGUAGACGAGGUAGGAAUUGUCCCCGAGAUACCAGUUAGUGUGAAAACGGCCCCCGUACUGGAAUUGAAGCAAUUACC